AUGGACUAACAAAAUAAGGCUCAAGCUGCAGUUUAAUAGCAAUCUCCAUUCGACAUUAAUUUGGAUGAAUUAGAUAAAAAGGUCAAAGAAUAUAGGAAUACAUAAGAGAAAAAUAACACAUUGUACUUCUUUAUUCAAGAUACUAGAAGAAAUGAAUUUUAUAAAGUAUUGGUAGAUAAUGGAAAUUUAAAUUUCUCUAAAGAGAAUUCUUAAGUUUGGCCUCUUCCUUUGAACAAACUUCCUCAAUUAAUGGAAUAAAUAGAUGAAAGAUUAGAACCCUAUUAAGCAACCCACACUUUCUUUACAAAAGAUGUCAUUUCUAGAGCAGAAUAAGGUGAAGUAGAAUCAUUAAAAAAUAUAUUAAGCGACUAUUUUAACGAUGAACUUAGGAGAGAAUAAUUUUUUAAAGAAGUUGGAAUCCCUGAACCAUAAAAGAGAAUAUGGUAUAAAUGA